CGGGUGGCGGCGCGCGCGCGGCAGUGGCGGCGGGAGCGAGUGAGGAGCCGAUCACUUUGUUAUCUCUGCACCUCCAAAGGGACAUUCAUGUUUAGGUGACUGACUACAGGAAUAUCAAAAUGCCUAAUCUUGCACAUCCAGCAUACCCAUCAGCUGAGCUGCUUCACUUGGAAAGUUUGGUGCCUUGUCGGGAGUCCCAGGUGUCCAUGUUGCUGUCCAUAUUUGGCGAGCGUCAGCACUUUAGUUUUCCAUCCAUCUUUAUCUAUGGACAUACAUCUAGUGGAAAGACUUACGUGAUGCAAACUCUUCUAACUACCUUGCAGCUUCCUCAUGUGUUUGUGAACUGUGUGGAACACUUUACAUCGCGACUUCUUCUAGAAGAAAUUCUCAUCCAGUUGCAAAGCUGUUCUUCUGGCACAGAGCAGACCUCUCCUGUGCAUUGUGAUACUUUGAAUGACUUUGUUCGUCUGUUUAAACAAACUUUGGCCAGUCAAGAGCUUCAAGAUCAAACAGUAUACAUUGUUCUGGAUAGAGCAGAGCAGCUGAGGGAAAUGGAAGCCAACAUCCUACCAGCAUUUCUUAGGCUUCAAGAGUUGACUGACAGAAAUGUGACAGUUAUUCUGCUCAGUGAAAUAGUGUGGGAGCUGUUCCGUCCAAGUAUCGGGUGCUUUGAGCCAUUCACCAUGUAUUUUCCAGAUUACAGCAUAGGACAUCUGCAGAAGAUCUUGUCUCAGAAUCAUCCCCCAGAAUAUUCUGCCGAUUUCUAUGCUGCAUAUAUCAAUAUUUUGCUUGGUGUCUUCUACAUGGUCUGUAGGGACCUGAAAGAACUUCGGCACCUGGCAGCGCUCAAUUUUUCUAAAUACUGUGAACCUGUGGUCAGAGGGGAAGCAAAUGAACGUGACACCCGCAAACUCUGGAAGAAUAUUGAACCUCAUUUGAAGAAGGCAAUGCAGACUGUUUAUCUCCGGGAAAUAUCCAGCUCACAGUGGGAGCGUUUGCAGCGUGAUGGUGGAGAGCCUGGGCAAUUGAAAGGACUUUCUGCACAUACCCAUAUGGAACUUCCUUAUUACUCCAAAUUUCUUCUAAUAGCUGCUUACCUUGCCUCCUAUAAUCCUGUUAGGACAGAUAAGAGAUUCUUUCUUAAGCAUCAUGGGAAAAUUAGAAAGACCAACUUCAUGAAGAAGCAUGAGAAGACCAGCAAUCAUCUACUUGGGCCAAAGCCAUUUCCCCUGGACAGAUUGUUAGCAAUAUUGUAUAGUAUUGUGGACAACAGAGUUGCUCCAACUGCAAAUAUAUUUUCCCAGGUUUUAAUGAACCUUGUGCUGAUGUACUGCCUCCCCCAUCUUCUAGAAAUGGAAUCAAGACAGCCUCAGAUGCAAACAUUUACAUUAUAGCUAUGUAAAGCUAUUCUAUCCUGAAGGACUAAGAAGUGUUUUCUCAGUAAUUUUUCUGGGUUUCUUGUGAAACAAAUGGAAAAGCCACCAUCAAAUAUCCCGCUGGAUAUCAUAUUCCAUGUCAAAAUGUUUGCAGACUGAGGGCAGUGAUUGCUUUGUACACCUUCCCACUCAUUCCUCCUGCAGAUUAAGCUGGUUUGUGACUCUGCAGUGAGUACUCGGGACGAGCAUGCCCAGGGUUGCAUUGCAUGGCUGGGAAGCUGGUGUUGGCCUUCUCAUUCAUUUUUGUGUUGGACUGCUUUUGGCUUUUUCCUAAGGACAGGGUGCUGAAGUUCUGUCUUUCUGAUAGAAACUUAUUUUGCAGAAUUCUGUGAUGAUGACCUGUCAUUUUACAUCCUUGAACUCGCAAUCUGAACCAUACAGCUUUGAACUGUAUUUCAGUUACAGCAACUAUAGACUAGCUCAGUGCCUUCUGGAAAAUGCUCUGAAAGUGACGUUUUUUGAUGUGAGAAUGCCGAAUAAACCAAGAAAGGAUCUUCUACCUUUUUGUGAAAUACAAAAUAAAAAGAGGUUAGGUAUAACCUAUGCAAGUGCAAGUCGUAGAAGAUUUACCCAAAAAGAGAAAGACUGAUAAGUUAUUAAAUUUUCAGGAAGUGUUUCAGAGGUAAAAUUUUAAAAUUUUACUGAAAUUCAGGUUGGAUUUUUGGACACAGUUUAACUGAAUUUUAGUUUAACUAAAAUUGAGAUAUUUGAAGACUUAUUAGUUCUGAGGAACAGAUGCUGAUCUGUGGGUGUGGUUCACUAACAUGUGAUGGUGCAACUUUAACUUCAUUCAGAUGAACAUUCAUAACCCUGCUGUUAUCCAUGCAGGGAAAGGUGUUUUAACAAAAGAAUACAAGCAUGAACAAAAACUCAAAACCAACCCCAAAUAAACAGAUAAAAAUCUCAGUUUCAAAAAUUCUGUACUUUUAAACUCUUUUUAGGUUGUUGUCUUGUUGUCUAAUUAGUAGUUAUUUCUGAAUGUGAUUAAAUUUAUAGAUGUUGCCAUUUCUAACAGGACCUGAUUCUAGUCUCAGUAGUAGUUUUCACAGACUGUUGAUAGGUAUCUUUCUGUGUGCAUGUUUUUACAUACUUUUUUUUUUUCUGCCUGCUCACCUUUCAUAAAUGUUUCCUGAAAUAGAAAUGGACUGUGGGAGCUUCAUCAUCCUAUUGUGAACAUUGUAAAACAUUCCACUAUGAAAAACAGAAUAUACAGGCAGUAUAUAUCUAUGUCUUCUGAAAAGUUAUUAAUUCAGACUCUGGUUAAUAGUGAGUCUAAAAAAACGUAGGAAAUGUGGUAGCUGGGAUAUUUUUUGAAAGGCAUAGCUAGAGAGAAUAUGAAGAACCAGGUUGAUCUAUUUUAAUAAUUGAAGAAUCCUGGAUAUGUUGUUGACCAUCUGUGACCUACAUAAAAUGAACUAGUGGGUGUUCCAUGUUCUAGAUAUCUGGGCAAGAAACAUGAAAGACGUCAAAAGAGAAAGUAAUGCAUUAUAUCCAUAAAAAACCACUGGUAUAGUAGAUAGAGACAGUAAACAGAUUGACUCAAGAGAUUACCACACAGACACGAGAAGAAAACUGAAGAUUGUUGUUAUAAACUGAUCUUUUCCAGCCUUUUUUUAUUUAUUACUAGCAUAUGGCCUAGGAAGACUUUUUACAGCAGAUAUUUUCUAGUGUGGAAUGGCCUCUAAUGGAGGUUUGACACUGAUGGUGUACAGAAAAGCUUUUUAAUAAUUUGUGUGACUCUAGUGCUUGUGAAAGGUGCUAGACUGACAGUUUAGAAGACUUGGAGACUGAAGUAAUCUGUUCUGAUUCACUGAACAGGUAUAGCAGAGGCAUCAGUGGCACAAAAUCUCUGUAUUGCUUUUUAAUUAUAUCCUGAAAAAUCUACUUUUUGUUUUGAGCUGGCUGACUCUUAGUUAAUAGUGACAGAGAGUUGCUGUUCACCCUUGUACUUAGCUCACACGAAUGAGCUUUUGACAUAGAGAAGCUUUCUGUGUAAAUUAACAAUGUCUGUUAUAAAGUGUGAUGGGCUUCCAGUAGAAGCAGUGAAGGGGGAAGGAUGGCUAAUGGGCAACACAUGGUGACUGGAGCUGUUGCACAGUAGGCUGGUCUGCUGGUCAUCAUGUCCUUAGCCUGCCUUUUUCCUCCACUCCUAGACAAAUCAUUGAGACCUUGCUGGUUUUAACCUUGAAGUAGGCAUUUUGUGGGACUAGCCUAUGGAAUGCUAUUUGACCAGAUGAUUUAACACAUUUUACAUGCAGCUGUGACCAGAACCAGACCAUCUCUUAAUGACUGGGAGAAAUGAAAAAGUACAGGUGGAGAUUUGGCAUGGCAAAAUCUCCUUAGCAGUAAAGAAUCUACUUUUAUCCCUGAUUAGAUUAACAUUCAAACCAAUAUCUUCUUCUCCUCUCCCAUAUCAAAAAAUAGCCCAAAUAUUAAUUCUAUUCAGCAUCUGGAAUUCCUUAGAGUGAGCCAGACUUCAGUCCAAUUUGCGCUCUCCAUCUGGCUCAGGUGAAGCUUUUGUAACUUUACGUUGUGCUGGGGCACAUGGGAUAGCUCAGUGUGUUGGAGUGAUGAGGAAGAAAGGUAGCAGUCAUCAAUAUGACAGGAGAUAAAAAGUAAUGCUUGAAGUCCUCAUGUAAUUUUCUUGUGAGUGAAAGUAUUUAUGCAGAUACUAAAAAAGACAAAUGUGAAGAAAAAGGGUUAAUUAUCUGUACUCCAAUAGCAAAGAUAUUUCAGACUGAUUGCCCAAAAUAGAUGGUGCCUAAAACCUGGAAAAAGACCCAAACAUAAAAAUGAGUAAUGUAAACAAUUUGUUAGGCACUUAUAUUGUAUUUUUAAUAAGCAGAAAUGCUGGUCUCUAGUGCAGGUAAUUUUAUUUUUUUCUGUGAUGGUUUGACAUGAACAGAGAAGAGAUUUGAGUCUGAUGUCUUAUUAAAACAAACAAAAGGAAAAAAACCCCACAAUAACCUAUACACAUCAGUGAAAAGUCAAGAUAAAGUGGUAAAUGCAAGCUGGCAUGCAUAAGUGGAUAUGACCUGAAAUAAAGCUGUUCAGAGAAAAGGAAAAUAAUUGCAAAGCGGUAACACUUAAAAGAAGAUGUAGGCAUGAAGACUGGCAAAAAUUAAAGGCUAGAAGGGAAUGACUUGUGAAGAAAGAUUAAAGGAAGUGAACACAUGUAAUUAUUACUUAUAGCUAUCUGUGUGCUUGGUGAUGUUCAGAUGAAGAGAGAUGAUCCCUACACUAAUUUGGCUAAAUAACUACCAGGGGAUGAUGAAAAUGUCUGAAGGUAUUUAUAGUCUUCAAGUGCCAAGAAAGGAUUCAUUUAGAAGAGUUCAAAAAAGGUCUAAGUAGGAGUAAUGAAAUAAGAUGAGGGAAAUCUUAGCUUUGAAUACUGUAAAAAAACCCUUCUUUUGGACAUGCUAAAGUGUGUGAUAGUCUCCCCUGAAAUUUUAGUGCAAUACCCCACUGCUUGAGCUAUUGCAAAUGCCAGUAGACAAAGCAUUCAGAUGUAAACUUGAAAGAAGGAAAAAGAAUUUUGCAUUGGUGGGAGGAGAGUGAAGAUGACUUAAUAGAUAUUUUGCAUCUUUAAUUUCUAUAGUCUCACAUUGUAUAAAUUAACAAAAUAAGACUCAUGAUAUACUACUGAAACAUAAUUUAUGUAAAUUUGCUUUAGAAUAGGCAUUAACCUUGAUCCUUACUUCAAUUCUGCAUUAAGCCUUGCCUUUGAUACAGUAAUCUUAAUUAAAACUGAAUAUUUCAUGAUUUAACUCCCUCUGCCUCAUGAGCAGAACAAUACUCUUAUCUGUGUUACCUAUAAAAGUGCAAUCCAUAUAGAGUAUCUGUUGCAUCAGAUGAUAGGUUUGCUUAAGGUCAUUUUCAUAUGAAUAAAAGUACUGGCAGAGAGCAGUUUAAUUUGUUUAAAAAUUAUUAACUCUUAUUUUACAACCAAAUGCUAAAAAGCUAGUUAAAUAAUGUUUCAUGCAUGUUGAAUUAGGAAAUAUUGACCUACUAAAUACUAAAUUCUUUUUGGGAAAAAGCCCCACAACCUGCAUGAAUGAGGAAAAAUGUAAGAAUUGGCAGAUGUGAUGUGUGUCAAGUGUGUCAUCAUGUAACUGUCAGUCACUGUCAUCUUCAUAAUACUUUUAACUGGAUUAGGUUAGGUAGUAGGAGAAAAGCUGAUCAUUUUGAUGCUAAAUCCUAAUAUGUUCUAAAAGGAACAGGCAGGAAUUUGAAAUGGGCAUGAAAAUUUGCCUGUGUUUUUAAUUUUUGGGGUUUCUUUUGUUGUUGGGUGGUGGGUUUGUUUGUUUUAUGUUUAUUUGUUUUGUCAUGAUGUUAGAACAAAUGAAGGCUGUUCUGGAUAAAUACGGAAGUUCAGCUUCAUCUUCAGGUUGCUCACUUGUUAUAAAUGGAGACUUUUGUAAAAUGACAUUUUCCAGCUUGAAAUGAUACGCAGGUGUCGUCUUAGUUGUUUUGUAAUAAUCUACAGUAGAAGUUCAAGGAAAGGGGAUGUAAUAUCAAGUGACAACACUAUAACUUAGCCUUAAAAUAUAGGAGGCAGGCAAACCGUUGAGUAUCCAUCUGUAUUGAAAAAGGCCAUCUUUUUCUGAAAUUCUUAAAUCCUUUGUUGAAUUUAAGGUGUCAGACUAAAUACUUUGGAUAAAAAAGCAGCUGUGAUAAAUCUUGACAUCUGGACUGCUUCUUUACUGAGUAGCUGACUUCAGUGAUAAUUUCAUAUGCAUCACUUGAAUCUUUGGUUAUGUAAGAUAUUUAGUGGACCCAGUGUAAGUCAUCAAUCUUUUUCUUCCAAAUAUAAGUCUUAACUACUUGGUUAAAUAAUAUUUGCCAGUCACUUUCAUCAGCAUUUGAGAUAUUUUUCCCUCAUUGUUCCAGUUUUUUCUUUCUUGCCUCUAAAUAUCAAGUUGCAGCUGUGGUACGUUGGACAUCCAUAAACAUUAUGUAUGUACUGAUACCUUUACUUCCCAUUCAGGGCAUAAUAAACAUAGCAG